GACAGAGGAAGUGGCAUCUGUGGUGGUCUAGGCGUGAAUAGGGAUGUGUGUUUGGAGCCGCGGGGUGGGGCCGAAGGAGAGGGGAGGAGACACUCCCAGCCAUCCUGGGAGAGCCACGGCGAGAGGAUCCCUCAGCUCGGUCAUUUCCCACGACCUAUACCCGGUGGGACAGAGCUGAUCCAGACUGAGGGAGUCGACAGAUUUCGUGCGCCCCAAGGUUGCUCAAGAAGCGCAGUUCGGGUCUGCGGGGCAAGAGAUGAGGACGCCAGCGUAGGGAACCGACUGUCCCCUGCCACCCAGACGAUCCACGACAGUCUCCUCCCGGGACUACACUCUCCCUCGCGGGUCUGUCCCCGGGCACAGAUUCUCCACCUCGGACGACUUCCAAGCCCGGGGCGGUCUCUAGGGUUAGAGCACCGGGGUCCUUGGAGGCGUCUUUAAGGCUUUGGUCCCCGCCCUCAGCGCCCGCCCUCUUCCCUCCUCCCUCCGCGAGGAUCCAGCGGCUAAGCGCGCGGAGCAGGUGCGGGCCAUCGUAUGAGGCUGCCAGGGCCGCGGUGGUAGCGGCGCCGGGCGCUCGCCCGCCCCAUCUCCGGGCCACUCUCAGGCUCCGGUGCGCGCGGGGACAUGUCGGUGGUGACUGGCGGCGGUGAGGCGGCCGGCGGGGCCGGCGGCGGUGGCGCGCGGGUCUUCUUCCAGAGUCCCCGCGGUGGCACCGGAGGCAGCCCAGGAUCGAGCAGCGGCUCCGGCUCCUCAAGGGAGGACUCGGCGCCGGUGACCACGGUGGCCGCCGCCGGGCAAGUGCAACAGCAGCAGCGACGCCACCAGCAGGGAAAAGUGACAGUGAAAUACGACCGUAAGGAGCUUCGGAAGCGGUUGGUGCUGGAAGAAUGGAUCGUGGAGCAGCUGGGUCAGCUGUACGGCUGCGAGGAAGAAGAAAUGCCAGACGUAGAGAUUGACAUUGAUGAUCUCCUUGAUGCUGACAGUGAGGAGGAAAGAGCUUUGAAAUUACAGGAAGCUCUCGUAGACUGCUAUAAACCAACGGAGGAAUUUAUCAGAGAGCUGCUCUCCCGGAUAAGAGGCAUGAGGAAGCUGAGCCCUCCGCAGAAGAAGAGCGUAUGAUUUUGCAACAGGGUAAAAUUCUCUUGGAGAUGAAGAAAGAAACUGGGAUUUGGACUCCACAGAUACUUUUAUUAAAAAGAAAAUAACCAUAGUUGUCUUUUAAAACAACAUUUUUUGGUGUGUAUGUGUGUGGGGGGGGUUAGACAUUUAUUCAAAAGUGUUCCUUCUUUUGUUGUUUUAAAGGGUUUUCAUUAUUAUACUAUUGCAAUAGCAAAACCACUACAACUUGGACUGUACCCCAACCAAGGACUAUCAAAGCAGAUGCAUCCACAAGGAUGGGCAAGGCCAGGCCGUGUUUUUUGUAAGGACUCAGCUGUAAUUUAAGAUCUCACUAUACAGGGAAGGUGGUUUUCUUACAGUCAGUUCGGUAAGACAUUUUUAAAUUAUACCUUUGGCAGAUGUCAAAAAGAUCUCAUGCUUGUAUAUAUCUAUAAAAACUAUGUUUAAAAUAAAGAUGUAAGCUUUGUAUCAGGUUCAUGGAAUAAGCCUGUGCUUGCCCUGUUAGACGUGGUCACAACACAUGUGUUCUCGAAAGGCCUCCAGGCAUUCUUCAGACAAACGUGGUCCACCUUCAGCAUCCACUUUCUACCCCAAAGUGAAAGAACUCGGUGUGUUCAUUAUUAUAAUGAGCCACACUACACAUGCGUGGAGUUGGCCAAGGGCUUAAUUCGUAAAGUUUAUUAUUUCAUUGGUUGAGAUGCUUUGCCAGGUGAUGUACUUAUUGCUUCAUUGUGGGUUUUUUUAUUAUUAUUAUUUUUGUUACGUUUUAUGAACUCUUCAUUUUGAAAACCAGCCUGAUUUAUAAAGAAAGGCCUACACUUCCUGAACUGAGUUUUGCAAUGGAGAAAGGAAGCCCCCGUAUAGCAAUGGGUUCUCUGCUUUCAAUGCAAUAUGCUGUAUUAUCUCUGCCCAUGAAAGCAGGUCAAAAGGAAACCAUCUGAUUGAGCCUCUUCCUUCUUAGAAGCAGAUUCUGGCCUUUUCUGUGCCGGCACCAUCAAUCCAGAAGUGUGAAAUAAGGAGAUGGGAAGACUCCUCAAGACCUUUGUUGGCUUAGAAGUCUGGCUUCAUCUCUCAUUUCUCUCAGUGGUUCGUGGUCAUGAUUGUGACCUUGAUUUCCAUGUUAGGAGCUAGGUCUGACUACCUACCCUAACCCCACAGCUACCUACCAGCUCUUUGAGUCGAAUUAAAAUUCAUAUGGGAUGUAGGCAGGGUAAAAAAACUGAGUAAAAGCCCUUCCUUCCUACCUUCCAGGAAGCCCCUGCUGCCUCCCCCUGGAAACCCUGCCUGCCAUAAGAUGUCUCCAGGUGGCCCUGUCUAAAAACAGGGACCAGGCAAUUUAUAUCAAGGGUGCUUUGAACAUAUUUUAUUUUUUAAAAGAACUAUGUUUGUGAAUUUUCCGUAUACUGGCAAGCUUUUGAAAAUGUAUUUAAUUUUGUAAUGUUUACCAAUGAUUUAUUUACAAGCUAUUUACUCAAAUAAAGGGAGCUGCUUACAA